GUUCAUCAACACAGAAAGAAGAAGCCUGCUAGAGUUAAGAUGGCGGCAUGUGGGUGAGGAGGCUGUGGAUCUAAACUCGUGUCUUUCGCCAUAAAAAAGUCAUAUGAACCUGCAUCUACACAGAAAAAGAGAACAUAACAAUUCCCAUACAAUUCAUGCAUUUGCGUGUGAUUUUGGAUUGACCUCAUGACAUCCAUACACUUCGUGGUCCACCCGUUGCCCGGGACCGAGGAUCAGCUCAAUGACAGGCUCCGUGAAGUCUCAGAGAAACUCAACAAAUACAACUGCAACAGUCAUCCACACCUCAGUGUUCUGGAACAGUCCACUUUGAAACAAUGUGUGGUUGGACCAAACCAUGCUGGAUUUCUUCUCGAGGACGGACGUGUGUGUCGAAUCAGCUUUGCUGUCCAGCCCGAUCGCUUGGAGCUCAGCAAACCGGAAGGGAGCGAUGGUUCAAAGUUGAACAGUGGUUCAGGGACAGGAAGGAGCUCCAGGCCAGGCAGGACCAGUGAUCCACCCUGGUUCCUGUCUGGUUCUGACACACUGGGCAGACUGGCAGGCAACACCCUUGGGAGUCGCUGGAGCUCUGGUGUAAAUGGAGGCAGCGGAGGAGGUGGUAGCGGUGGCGGAGGCUCCGGGGCAGGUGGAGCAGGAGGAGGGGGAAGCAGCGGGGGUGGAGGUGGUGGAGGAGGGGGCAGCAGUGGAGGAGGUGGGGGCACCUCGGGCAGGUCCUCGACCGCUGCCCGGGACUCCCGCAGACAGACCCGGGUGAUCCGCACCGGCAGGGACCGCGGCUCUGGCCUGCUGGGUAGCCAGCCCCAGCCUGUCAUCCCUGCUUCAGUCAUCCCAGAGGAACUAAUUUCUCAGGCCCAGGUGGUCCUGCAGGGCAAGUCCAGGAGCGUCAUUAUCCGGGAGCUGCAGAGGACCAAUUUGGACGUGAACCUGGCAGUCAACAACCUGCUGAGCAGGGAUGACGAGGACGGCGACGACGGAGACGACACGGCAAGCGAGUCCUACCUCCCUGGAGAGGACCUCAUGUCCCUGUUGGACGCAGACAUCCACUCGGCGCACCCCAGUGUCAUCAUUGAUGCCGACGCCAUGUUCUCAGAGGACAUCAGCUACUUUGGAUACCCCUCCUUCAGACGCUCCUCGCUCUCUCGCCUGGGCUCCUCCAGAGUUCUCCUUCUUCCCUUAGAGCGUGACUCUGAGCUGCUGCGUGAGCGGGAGUCCGUCCUGAGGUUGCGCGAGCGACGCUGGCUGGACGGGGCCUCGUUCGACACCGAGCGGGGCUCCACCAGCCGCGAGGGCGAACCCAGCCUCGACAAGAAGAGCAUCCCUGUGCAGAGCCCCGUGUCCCUGGGGGAGGAGCUCCAGUGGUGGCCUGACAAGGAUGGUGUGAAGUUUGUGAGCAUCGGGGCCUUGUUCUCUGAGCUGGUUGCCAUCAGCUCCAAAGGAGAGCUUUACCAGUGGAAGUGGAGUGAACCCGAACCUUACCGGAACACACAGAACCCUUCAGUUCAUCACCCGCGUGUUUCCUUUCUUGGCCUGGCCAAUGAAAAGAUUACGCUGUUGUCCGCCAACAGCAUCAGAGCCACCGUCGCCACAGAGACCAACAAGGUGGCCACCUGGGUGGAUGACACACUGAGCACUGUGGCGUCCAAACUGGAGCACAGCGCCCAGACCUUCCCCGAGCUGCAGGGCGAGCGCAUCGUGUCGCUGCACUGCUGUGCCCUCUAUACCUGCGCCCAGCUGGAGAACAGCCUCUACUGGUGGGGAGUGGUGCCUUUUAGUCAGCGUAAGAAGAUGCUUGAAAAGGCCAGAGCCAAGAACAAGAAGCCAAAGUCCAGUGCUGGCAUCUCCUCGAUCCCAAACAUCACUGUUGGAACACAGGUGUGCUUGAGAAAUAACCCACUCUACCAUGCCGGUGCAGUGGCCUUCUCUGUCAAUGCUGGAAUUCCCAAGGUGGGCGUCCUGUUGGAGUCCGUGUGGAACAUGAACGACAGCUGCAGGUUCCAGCUGCGCUCACCAGAAAGCCUCAAGAACAUGGAGAAGACCGCCAAGACCCAGGAAAUCAAAGCGGAGAGCAAGUCAGAGCUGGUGAAGACGGAGAUGGGCCCGCCCCCCUCCCCCGCGUCCACCUGCAGUGACACCUCUUCCAUCGCUAGCAGCGCCUCUCUGCCCUACAAACGAAGGCGCUCCACCCCCGCUCCCAAGGAGGAGGAGAAGGUGAACGAGGAGCAGUGGCCCCUGAAGGAGGUGGUCUUUGUGGAGGACGUCAAAAAUGUCCCUGUAGGAAAGGCCGCCCAGGUGCUAAAGGUGGACGGUGCCUAUGUUGCGGUGAAGUUCCCCGGGACGUCCAGCAGCGUGAGCAGCCAGGCCACGGCGGUGGCUGUCGACUCUGACCCGUCCUCCCUCCUGCAGGACUGCAGGCUCCUCAGGAUAGACGAGCUCCAGGUGGUUAAGACGGGCGGAACUCCCAAAGUUCCUGAUUGCUUUCAACGCACGCCUAAGAAACUCUGCAUCCCAGAGAAAGCAGAGAUCCUCGCUGUGAAUGUUGACUCCAAAGGAGUGCAUGCGGUGCUGAAAACCGGCAGCUGGGUCAGGUACUGCAUCUUCGACCUGGCCACGGGCAAGGCAGAGCAGGAGAACAACUUCCCCACCAGUAACCUGGCCUUCCUGGGGCAGAGCGAGCGCAAUGUGGGCAUCUUCACCGCAGGACAGGAAUCUCCUAUCAUCCUCCGGGAUGGAAAUGGUACGAUCUACCCUAUGGCCAAAGACUGCAUGGGUGGAAUCCGGGAUCCAGAUUGGCUGGACCUACCACCCAUCGCUAGCCUGGGCAUGGGGGUGCACUCCCUGGCCAAUCUCCCCUCCAACUCUACCAUUAAGAAGAAAGCUGCUAUUAUUAUCAUGGCCGUCGAGAAGCAGACCUUGAUGCAGCACGUCCUGCGCUGCGACUACGAGGCGUGCCGGCAGUAUCUGGUGAAUCUGGAGCAGUCCUUUCUGCUGGACCAGAGCGGCCAGGCGCUGGGGUCUCUGCUGGGCCACCGCUGUGACGGCAACCGCAACAUCCUCCACGCCGCCGUGUCGGUCUGCUUCCCCGUCAGCAACAAGGAGACCAAGGAGGAGGAAGAAGCUGAACGGUCUGAGAGGAACACGUUCGCAGAGCGCCUGUCUGCUGUAGAAGCCAUCGCCAACGCCAUCUCUGUGGUCUCCAGCAACAGCUCUGGCAACAGGACCGGCUCCUCCAGCAGCAGAGGGCUUCGGCUGCGUGAGAUGAUGCGGCGUUCCUUGCGAGCUGCUGGUCUUGGUCGCCAUGAGUCGGGCCCGUCCUCCAGUGACCAUCAGGACCCGGUGUCCCCACCCAUUGCCCCUCCCAGCUGGGUGCCCGACCCGCCCCCCAUGGACCCUGAUGGUGACAUUGACUUCAUCCUCGCCCCAGCCGUGGGCUCACUCACUACAGCCGCCACCGGCACCAGUCAGGGUCCCAGUACCUCCACCGUACCAGGUCCGUCCUCAGAGCCGUCUGUGGUGGAGUCUAAAGACAGGAAGGCCAACGCCCACCUCAUCCUCAAGCUGAUGUGUGACAGCGUUGUUCUGCGGCCACACCUGCGAGAGCUGCUCUCUGCCAAGGACGCCCGUGGAAUGACACCGUUUAUGCUGGCGGUCAGUGGGAGAGCCUACCCUGCUGCUAUCACUGUUCUGGAGGCUGCUCAGAAAAUGGCCAAGGUGGGCGACCCGGGCAUCGUGGAGAAGGAGGACGCAGACUCUGUGUUCAUGGAGAUGAUCUGCCCCUCCGGGACCAACCCGGACGACUCCCCGCUAUAUGUCCUCUGCUGCAACGACACCUGUAGCUUCACCUGGACCGGAGCGGAGCACAUCAAUCAGGAUAUUUUUGAGUGCCGAACCUGUGGCUUGCUGGAGUCUCUCUGCUGCUGUACGGAGUGUGCAAGAGUGUGCCACAAGGGACACGAUUGCAAACUUAAGAGGACUUCUCCCACUGCAUACUGUGAUUGCUGGGAGAAAUGCAAGUGCAAAACACUAAUCGCUGGCCAGAAGGCGGCUCGGCUGGACCUUCUGUACAGGCUCCUCACGACCACGGACCUGGUCACCACACCAAACAGCAGGGGAGAGCACAUUCUGCUGUUCCUGGUGCAGACUGUUGCCAGGCAGAGCGUAGAGCACUGCCAGUACAGACCGCCACGCAUUCGAGAAGACCGGAACCGCAAAGCAGCCAAUGCAGAAGACUCUGACAUGCCGGACCACGACCUGGAGCCGCCGCGCUUCGCCCAGCUGGCUCUAGAGCGAGUCCUGCAGGACUGGAACGCCCUCAAGUCCAUGAUCAUGUUCGGCUCGCAGGAAAACAAAGACCCGCUCAGCGCCAGCAGCAGAAUCGCCCACCUUCUGCCUGAGGAGCAGGUCUAUCUGAACCAGCAGAGCGGCACCAUACGACUGGACUGCUUCACACACUGCCUCAUCGUCAAGUGUGCUCCUGACAUUACUUUCAUCGACACUCUCCUGGGAACACUGGUGAAGGAGCUGCAGAACAAGUACACCCCCGGCCGUCGGGACGAGGCCAUCGCCGUAACGCGGAGGUUCCUGCGCUCCGUCGCCCGCGUCUUCGUCAUCCUCAGCGUGGAGAUGGCCUCUUCGAAGAAAAAGAACAACUUCAUUCCCCAGCCCAUCGGAAAGUGCCGGCGUGUGUUCCAAGCCCUUCUGCCGUACGCCGUGGAGGAGCUGUGCAACGUGGCUGAGUCGCUGAUCGUCCCCGUGCGCAUGGGCAUCGCCAGGCCCACCGCGCCCUUCACCCUGGCCAGCACCAGCAUCGACGCCGUGCAGGGCAGCGAGGAGCUCUUCUCUGUGGAGCCCCUGCCCCCGAGACCCUCCCCAGACCAGUCCAGCAGCUCCAGCCAGACGGCGUCCUCCUACAUCAUCCGGAACCCCCAGCCGCGACGCAGCAGCCAAUCCCAGCCCGUCAGAGGGAGGGAUGAGGAGCAGGAUGACAUUGUCUCUGCAGACGUGGAAGAGGUUGAGGUUGUGGAGGGUGUGGCCGGGGAAGAAGAUCACCAUGACGACCAGGAGGAGCAAGGAGAGGAGAAUGCGGAGGCUGAGGGCCAGCAUGAUGAGCAUGACGAGGACGGAAGUGACAUGGAGUUGGAUCUGCUGGCGGCAGCGGAAACCGAGAGCGAUAGUGAAAGUAACCAUAGCAACCAGGACAACGCCAGCGGCCGCAGGAGUGUAGUCACGGCAGCCACAGCUGGCUCUGAAGCAGGCAGUAGGGUGUCCCUGGCAUUUCCUAUUUUUGGUGCCAGCAGUGUGCCUGCCUUCUUUUCAGAGGACGACUCCCAGUCCAACGACUCGAGCGACUCUGACAGCAGCAGCAGCCAGAGCGAUGACGUGGAGCAGGAGACCUUCCUGCUGGACGAGCCCCUGGAGAGGACCACCAGCGCCUCCCACGCCAACAGCGCCGCCCAGGCGCCGCGCUCCAUGCAGUGGGCCGUACGCAACGCGCCCAGCCAGCGAGCCGCCGGCAACGGCCUACCCAACACCUCCACGCCGGCCGGUACGCGUGUGUCGAGCUCCACGGGCCUGAUCUACAUCGACCCCUCCAACCUGCGGCGCUCCAGCGCCAUUAGCUCCAGCGCAGCGGCGGCGGCGGCCCUGGAGGCUAGCAACUCCAGCAGCUACCUGACAUCUGCCAGCAGCCUGGCCCGCGCCUACAGCAUCGUCAUCAGGCAGAUCUCCGACCUCAUGAGCCUCAUCCCCAAAUACAACCAUCUGGUGUACUCCCAAUACCCUGCUGCUGUCAAGCUCACCUACCAGGACGCCGUCAGCCUGCAGAACUACGUGGAGGACAAGCUCAUCCCCACCUGGAACUGGAUGGUGUCCAUCAUGGACUCCACGGAGGCCCAGCUGCGUUACGGCUCGGCGCUGUCCUCCGCCGGGGACCCGGGUCACCCCAGCCACCCGCUGCACGCCUCGCAGCACUCGGCACGCCGGGAGCGCCUCACCGCCCGGGAGGAGGCCAGCCUCCGCACGCUGGAGGGACGCAGACGAGCCGCCACCCUGCUCACGGCGCGCCAAGGAAUGAUGUCCGCCCGCGGGGACUUCCUCAACUACGCCCUGUCCCUGAUGCGCUCGCACAACGACGAGCACUCGGACGUGCUCCCUGUGCUGGACGUGUGCUCCCUGAAGCACGUGGCCUACGUCUUCCAGGCCCUCAUCUACUGGAUCAAAGCCAUGAACCAGCAGACCACCCUGGAGACCCCGCAGAUGGACCGCAAACGAAACCGUGAGAUUCUUGAGCUUGGUCUGGACAACGAGGACUCUGAACAUGAGAAUGACGACGACACCAAUCAAAGCUCCACUUUGCAGGACAAGGACGAUGAUCCGGUUCCAGCCGAGACCGGCCAGAACCAUCCCUUCUUCCGUCGCUCCGACUCCAUGACCUUCUUGGGUUGCAUCCCGCCAAACCCCUUCGAGGUGCCCCUGGCCGAGGCCAUCCCCCUGGCGGACCAGCCACACCUCCUGCAGCCUAAUGCCAGGAAGGAGGACCUGUUUGGCCGUCCCUCUCAAGGCCUGUACUCCUCCUCUUACAUGGCCACCAAAGGCCUGGCCGAGGCCAGCAUGGACAGGAACUGCCUGGAGGUAAACAUGGGCUCCUCUGUACCCUCCUCCUCUCAGAUCUUGCCCACCAAGAUGUCGUACUCGGCCAACCUGAAGAACGUCAUGAGCAUGGAGACGGGCCAGCGGGGCCCCGAGGACCACCUGGCAGCCGCCCAGGAGCUGGAGGCCCCCAAGCCGGGGCCCUCCCCGCACGACCUGGCCGCCCAGCUGAAGAGCAGCCUGCUGGCCGAGAUCGGUCUGACCGAGAGCGAAGGCCCCCCGCUGCCCUCAUUUAGGCCCCACUGUAGCUUCAUGGGCAUGGUGAUCUCCCAUGACAUGCUGCUGGGCCGCUGGCGUCUGUCCCUGGAGCUCUUUGGGAGGGUCUUCAUGGAGGAUGUGGGAGCAGAGCCCGGUUCGAUCCUGACGGAGCUGGGCGGCUUCGAGGUGAAGGAGUCCAAGUUCCGUCGGGAAAUGGAGAAGCUCCGCAACCUGCAGUCCCGGGACCUGGCACUGGAGGUGGACCGCGACCGGGACCAGCUCAUCCAGCAGACCAUGCGGCAGCUGAACACGCACUUCGGCCGGCGCUGCACCACCACGCCCAUGGCAGUGCAUCGCGUCAAGGUCACCUUCAAGGACGAGCCCGGGGAGGGCAGCGGCGUGGCGCGCAGCUUCUACACGGCCAUCGCGCUCGCCUUCCUCUCCAACGACAAGCUGCCCAACCUGGACUGUGUGCAGAGCGUCAGCAAGGGCAUGCAGGCCAGCAGUACGUGUCAUCACGAUUACAACUCAAACCUCAUGCAGCGGCUGAGGAACCGGGACCGGGAGAGGGAGCGGCGGAGCGGAGGGAUCCGGGCCGGUUCUCGGAGAGACAGAGACAGGGACUCCAGGAGACAGCUGUCCAUUGACACCAGGCCCUUCAGGCCAGCCUCUGAGGGCAAUCCCAGCGAGGAGCCGGACCCCCUGCCGGCGCACCGACAGGCCCUGGGAGAGAGGCUGUACCCGCGGGUGCACGCCAUGCAACCGGCGUUUGCCAGUAAAAUCACAGGCAUGCUGCUGGAGCUGUCCCCGGCCCAGCUACUUCUACUGCUGGCCAGCGAGGACUCUCUCAGGGCCAGGGUGGAGGAAGCCAUGGAGCUCCUCAUAGCACACGGAAGGGAAAAUGGUGCAGACAGUAUACUGGAUCUCGGCCUGCUGGAGGCUCCAGAGAAAGCACAACAGCAGCAGCAGCAACAGCAGCAGCAGCAACAGCAGCAGCAGCAACAGCAGCAGCAGCAGGAGAACCGCAAGCGCCACGGCUCCACACGCAGCGUGGUGGACAUGGAGCUGGACGACCCCGAUGACGGCGACGACAACGCCCCUCUGUUCUACCAGCCCGGCAAGCGGGGCUUCUACUCACCACGGCCCGGCAAGAACACGGAGGCCCGCCUCAACUGCUUCCGCAACAUCGGAAGGAUACUUGGCCUGUGUCUGCUUCAGAACGAACUCUGCCCAAUCACCCUGAACAGGCAUGUGAUCAAGGUGCUGCUCGGCAGGAAGGUGAACUGGCAUGACUUUGCCUUCUUCGACCCGGUGAUGUACGAGAGCUUGCGGCAGCUCAUCAGACAUUCUCAGGCUGGUGAGGCGGAAGCGGUGUUCGCCGCCAUGGACCUGGCGUUUGCAAUUGACCUCUGUAAAGAGGAAGGUGCUGGACAGGUGGAGCUUCUCUCCGGGGGCGUCAACAUGCCGGUCACGCCCCUCAACGUCUACGAGUACGUGAGGAAGUAUGCCGAGCACAGGAUGCUGGUGGUGGCGGAGCAGCCCCUCCACGCGAUGAGGAAGGGCCUUCUGGACGUGCUUCCUAAGAACUCCUUGGAAGAUCUGACAGCGGAGGACUUCCGACUGCUGGUCAACGGCUGCGGGGAGGUCAACGUUCAGAUGCUCAUCAGCUUCACCUCCUUCAACGACGAGUCUGGAGAGAACGCGGACAAGCUGCUGCAGUUCAAGCGCUGGUUCUGGUCAAUCGUUGAGAAGAUGAGCAUGACUGAGAGGCAGGACCUGGUAUACUUCUGGACCUCCAGCCCAUCUCUCCCCGCCAGCGAGGAGGGCUUCCAGCCCAUGCCCUCCAUCACUAUACGGCCACCGGAUGACCAACACCUGCCCACGGCCAACACCUGCAUCUCCCGACUCUACGUGCCACUCUACUCUUCCAAACAGAUCCUCAAACAGAAACUCCUGCUAGCCAUUAAGACCAAGAACUUUGGUUUUGUGUAGAGUGUUUCAACAGGAGAAAGUGUAAAACGAUUAAAAAAACAAAAAAAAAACAUGUUUACCGUUGUGUAAUAUUUACCUAGCUCCAUUUUUGUAGAUUUCUUUUUUUUUUGUCUAUACAAUUUUAUGAAAAUUCGACGAAACUGUUGCAAUCUUCCCUGGCGGUAAUAUUCGUCUGUGUUGUUAACGCAGGCUCCUUGUUCUCUUUUAUUUUUUUUAUUUUUUUUGUGUUUCUAAAGAGGUAUACAGUCUGGAACAUUCCUGUAUUGGCAUUGUAAAGAUGUAAAGCCCUCAGCCCUGCUCUAUUGGCUUAGACCUUUACUUCCCAGGAAUUUGGCUGGACAGUAAAAAGUCGGCCAAAACCCAGCCAAAGAUAACAGCAGUAGUAUUUAAAAAAGAAAAGACACUGUGAUUAUAAUUUUUUUUCCUGCCCUGAAAAUAAUACUUGUUAUUAAUGACGGUUCACUUCUGCCUUUGUGGAAAGUCAUUUUUCUUGUAUAGGGGGAGUAGGGAAUUUCAAAAUAAACUUGGAUGCAAAAUA